UUCAAUCCUUUCUGAUCCGUCACAGUUUCCCAGCAUCAACAUGAGAGCUGUAGUGCUGCUGUGUCUCCUCCACGCUGCUUUUGGCAAACUUGAUGGUAAAAAAUAUUCCUGGACCGGACCUGAUCACGAAAUGCUCUGGCCAGUUGACUCCAACCAAAACCACAAGUGCGAGUCGAACAUGUUGACGUGUGGCUGUUGCCUGAUGCAGCAGCAGAUGUGGAGGAUGGAGGAGUUCUUCAACUACACCUUUGAAGCGAUGAACACGGAGCUUACAAUCGCAAAGAGGACCCUCAACGAUACAGUCAGCCGCAGCGCCUUCUCAGUCGCUCUGAGCCUUGACCAAGGCUGCUUCGGCCCCUUCGAUGACAGCAGGAUCAUCAUCUACCAGCACGCCUUCUUCAUCCUGGGAGGCAGCUACAGCUUGAGCACUGGUAUCUUCACCGUUACCUGCUCCGGGGUCUACAGCCUCUCGGUCACCAUCUACGGGGCUCGUGUUUCUGGGGAGACCAUGUUGGCCUGCGCCAACCUGGAGGUCAACGGCAAAGUGGUGUCUUCCCUCCUGGAGAGUAAUGGCCAGGACCUUGAAGACAGUGCCACAGUUGUUUUGGCCAUAAAUCUGACGGCCGGGGACGAGGUGGCCGUCAUCUUGCCCAAAGAUUGUGUCCUCUGUGACCAUAACAACUACUAUAACACGUUCACUGGUUUUCUGCUGUAUGCUACGGCCUAGUCUGUUAGAUGAAACACGUGUGUUGUCACAUUUAUGACUUGUAGUGUCUGAUCUCCAAUGGAUCUUUGUCUGGUUACGCAUCAAAAACAAUAACGAAGUAAACCGUAUUGUGUGUGUAUUACCUUUCUUAGAUGACCCGCUUAUAAACUCGAUAACGUCUUUGUUGCGUCGUGCUGUGAAGAGUCUUUGUUCUAUAAACUGAUCAUCUUGAACCGGUGAACAAUGAGAUUAUAUCUGUAUUAGAAAUAUGAAUAAGAAACAAAACGCUGUAACAAAACUUACAGAAAUAAUAAA